AUGAAUUACAACAUGCCUGGCACCAGGCCUCAUGCCAUGCCUCGCAUCAAGAGUCGCGAGUCUCAGGGGUCACUUCAGUCCCAGGGAAUCAAAGGGCAUUGGGAGAUUUGCCGGCAAAUGAACGAGCUCAAGAACAUCUACAAGGAUGGUCUGGGAGACGAGUGGCGAUGGUUCAGCUACUACAAGGCCCUCAGUGUGCUUGAGAAGCUUCCUUUCCGCAUCGGCUCUGCUCAGCAGGUGCAGGGGCUUCCCAGCAUAGGGUCGUCACUGCAGGGCAAGAUUCAGGAAAUACUGUCAUACGGCAUGAUUAAGAAGCUACGGGCUUACCAAGCAGACGAAAUGGUCCGCACACUGGCUCUUUUCGGCACUGUAUGGGGCGUCGGUCCCCGCACUGCGCGCCGAUUCUACUCCGCCGGCCACCGCUCGCUGCGCCAGCUGGCGGGCGACCCGGGGCUCACGCCAACUCAGCGAAUCGCGCUGCGGUUCCACAACGAUAUGAACAAGCGAAUCCCGAGGGAUGAGGUGGCGGCGAUGGCAGCGCUGGUGGUGCAGGAGGGAGAGGCGCUGCAGCCAGGGGUCUCCAUUGUGUGUGGCGGGUCGUAUCGACGGGGCAAGGCCACAUCAGGCGACAUGGACUUCAUUAUCACACACCCUGAUGGUGCCAGCCAUCGGGGCUUUCUGGAGAGGCUGGUAUCCCAACUGAAGCUCGUGGGUUUCCUAACAGAGGAUUUGAUGGUCGGCACGCACCACUCGCAGCAGCCGCAUGGUGAGGGAAAGGGCGUGGACACUUACUUUGGGCUGUGCAAGCAGACAGGCAGGGAGCAACGGCACCGCAUUGACUUUAAGGUAGUAGGUGCUGCUACUGGCUGCUGGCUUGUCGAUGGGACAGUGUACCCAUGGGAGCAGUACCCGUUUGGCCUCAUACAGUGGACGGGCAACGAUGUUCUCAAUCGACGGUGA